AUGCAGCAGGAGAUAAGUCAGUUGAAGCUCUUCAGCAUGCAUGUCUUAGGAGGGGAGAGACUUACGGGACGUUCAGCUAUGAUCUCAUCUAAGCUCUGGUCCAUGUUUGAUUAUGGUAUGGUUGGCAACGAAGCUGCGAGACAGACGGGGGCGGUCGAGAAGGGUAUAUGGUCUCCGCCAGCUCUUCAAUGCUUUGGCAAUGAGUAUGAAGACAGAGCUAACGUCGCUGUCAAUUGUGCUGUCGGUGUUGAUGCUGUUGUCUAUAAUUAA